AUGGCUAUCAAGCUAGAUCACGCAAACGAAGCCGUGAUAACCAGGUCUGUGGUAGACCAAAGCGAGAAGACCAUAAAAUACCACGCUCUUAUUAUUGCCACGGGCUCGUCAACACCAUCUCCACUUCUGGGUCUUAACUCCAACGCAGAUACUCUUCCAAAGAGCAUAAUCGUUGCCGGCGGUGGCCCUGCAGGAAUUGAAACCCCCGGUGAACUAGGCGAGCACCUGAACGGAACACUUGGGUGGCUGAGUCGCAGACUCGAUAAUGGCAAGGUGCAAAUUACCGUCGUUACAUCGGCCUCCAAGAUUCUGCCUGUACUGAGACCCAGCAUCACUAAGAAGCCGGAGGAUUUUCUCGCGCGGGUGUGUAUUACUGAGUUAAAGGAUGCCAGAGUCACGAGUGUGCAGCCUCUUCAGUCGGGGAGCGAAGAUGCAUUGGGGACUAAGACGACAGUAACCCUUAGCGAUGGGCGUGUUCUCGAAGCCGAUAUCUACAUCCCUGCUACCGGAACAACUCCUAGUAUUGGGUUCCUGGACAGGUCACUACUGGUCUCUGACGGACGCAUGGAUGCUAACAAGGGUACAUUGAGGGUAGAGAAAGCCGGGGAACGAGUCUACGCUAUCGGCGACGUGGCAUCAUACGCACGGGCAGCAGUGCAUGCCAUCUUGAGCGCCAUCCCGGCUCUAUGUGCUAAUGUUAGGCGCGAUUUACUGCUUGCCGAAUGGAUUGUUCCUGAUUGGGAUGAUCAUGUGUUUGUCGAAGAUACUCGGGAGACACGGCUUGUUCCGAUUGGGCAGGGUUGGGGUGUGGGUGCUGCCAUGGGGUGGCAGUUGCCUGGUUUCUUUGUUUGA